CUCUACUCUGGUGCGAACUGAAGUGCAACGUGCAUUACAUUAAACCUAACCUAAAUUUAUUUGGAACAAAAUUAAUUUUCUUGUUUUAACAGAGACAAGUAUUGUCUUUGGUUUUAGUGUGUUUUGCGAAGUCUGAUUGAUCAGAUUGUUGUUUGCAUCUUCUUUAACUGCUGGCUGUAAUAACUUUUCACAUUUUGCGUUGUUUUAAUUGCUUUUCGCUAACAUGAGCAAUCAAAAAGAUAGUUUGCAAGGUUUUGCUGUGCAGCUUUACAAAAUUAACGCAAUUAAGUUUGGAGAGUUUAAGACGAAAGUGGGCCUUACGACCCCUGUUUACUGUGACUUGAGAGUUCUUGUCAGCUAUCCUGAUGUUAUGAAAACCCUGGCCAACUUGCUAGUUGAAACUAUUAAGGGUGUAAAAGGUGUAGAUAUUCUAUGUGGGGUUCCUUAUACGGCACUUCCGAUCGCUACCGCGGUGUCAUUACAAACAGGGCUUCCUAUGGUGAUGAGACGGAAGGAAGCGAAAGAUUAUGGCACGAAAAAAUUGAUUGAAGGUGUUUUCAAUGCUGGAGAUCAAUGUCUCAUUAUUGAAGAUGUUGUAACAUCGGGAAGUAGCAUUUUAGAGACUGUGAAAGAUCUGCAAAAUGAAGGUUUGAAAUGUAGUGAUGCUAUCGUUUUGCUCAACCGAGAGCAAGGAGGCGCUGGUAUUCUGCAGAAAAACGGAAUAAAGAUGCACGCAUUAUUAACGCUGUCUCAGCUAAUGGAUUACUUGUUUAAAGCAAACUGCAUUGACGUUCAAGUCGUCGAAAAGGUUAAGCAGUAUUUAGCUGAAAAUCAAGUCCCUUCCAUUCCAACACCCACAGUUGAUAGGCGUAAACUGUCUUUCCUCGACCGUGCUCAAUUAGCCCAAAAUCCCGUGGCUAAGAGACUAUUUGAGAUAAUGGCAUCUAAGCAGACAACACUGUGCUUAGCAGCUGACCUAACAGAUGCCACAGAAAUUCUCAACUUGGCAGAAAAAGUGGGGCCGUAUAUUUGCGCAUUGAAAACACAUAUCGAUAUUGUGGACGACUUCAGUAUCAAUUUGAUUGACCCUUUGAAGGAAAUUGCAAAUAGGCACAACUUUAUUUUGUUCGAGGACAGAAAAUUUGCCGAUAUUGGCAAUACGGUUCAGUUGCAAUAUAGCAAAGGAUUGUACAAGAUAUCUUCAUGGGCCAGUCUGGUAACUGCCCAUUCCGUUUUUGGGAAAGGUGUUUUGGAUGCUAUCCAAGGUGCUCCAGGAAGCGAGGAAAAAGGAGUUUUCCUUCUGGCGGAAGCAAGUGCUACAGGCAGUCUAAUCACGGAUGCCUACACGAAAUCCACCCUUAAACUGACUGCGGAAUAUCCAAAGCUAAUUGCUGGUGUUGUCUGCCAAAACCCCCUAUUUUUAGACAAUCCCGCAUUGAUUCAGUUGACUCCAGGUGUUAAAAUCGCGCAAACAUCAGAUCAUUUGGGGCAGCAAUACAAUUCGCCCGAAUCAGUUGUUACUGAGAAAGGCGCUGAUAUCGCUGUUGUUGGACGGGGCAUUACUGAGGCCACUGAUCCCGUUGCUGCAGCAAAGCGAUACCAAACUUUGCUGUGGGAUGCUUAUCUUUCCAGGAUUAACCCAUGAGCCGGAAAUUAUAUACUUUCUGAGGAAAGUACCUAUUAAGUUUCAAAGUUUAUUGUUGCUUUUAUAACUUUUGAUUUAUUCUGUAUUCGCUUUACUUUUUGAACUGCUAUAAAAUGUUGAAUCAUUCCUAUAAUAAAAACAUUCCUAAUUUUGAAAA